UACUUGAAGACUACCUUGCAAGACAACGCGUUCCGAGUCGGCAGUACGGAGAAGUACCUGUCUAAGGGAGAAGCCUGCGUCAUCGCAACGGGACACAUCGCAAAGGGAGAGACUAUCGAGGACCUCUACGGCAGACGCAUUCCCCUUAGCUCGGAGGAGCUUAAGAAGUUGGUGAAGGCACAGAAGGACUUUAGCGUUCUCGACGAGACACGUUACUGUCCUACGAGCCUAUUAGUUGGUCCUCCGCAUCUCAUAAACCACAGCUGUAAUCCCAACGCGAAGCUGGAGGUCAUGGGAGAUAAGUGUAAUGUCAAGGUUGUUGCCCUCCACCAUAUCGCCGAGGGCGAGGAGAUCACCAUUAGCUAUGGCGACGAGUACUUUGGCAACAAAAACCAUGACUGCCUGUGCGAGGUUUGC